UCUUGAAAAAGAACAAAUAAUUUUUUCUUCAAGAAAAAUUUCUUAUGAAAUUAAUGAAAAUUAUGAAUAUUGUUAUUGUAUCGUAUCUAACGGUAAUAAUGACAGCGCCUAUACAAAUUUUAGAAAGUGACAAGAACAACAACUGUGAAAUAUUAAAUGUAAAUUUAAUCUUUUAAAACCAAAAAUUUUUAAAACAAAACAACCAAACAAACAAAAAACACAAGAAUAAUUUGUAUAAACUAAUGCCAAGAUAAUGUUGAGAACACCUACGCAUAUUGUUGAGAUUGGUACAAAUGCAACAACAACGACACCAUUGAUACAAAAACUCCAAGCAGCAGGUACAAAGUACCAGUAUCAUGAUCAAUAUACCAACUACAACAAAAACACAAAAGCAACAGUUAAGCAGCUACAACAAUCGUUUAUCUAUCAUCAUCAACAGCAACAGCUAGAAAAACAACAGAAAUAUCUUAUUGAAACAAACACAACAACAACAGCAACUGCAGCCGAAUAUCAAUUACCCAUAAAGAAACAGCAACAAAAACAGUUACAAGCCGCAAAAACAACUACUACUACUAUUGAUACGUGCAACAACAGCAGCAGCAAAAAACUAAAGAAAAGUAAAAAAUUUUCAACCUCAUCAUCGUCGUCGUCCUCCUCUACUACCUCGUCUCUGUCGUCAUCGGGCUGUUCGGCAUUAUCGACAACCUCAACCAGCACCGAUUCGUCAACGGUGUCAGCGAAAACCACAAAAACAAAUUCAUCAUCAUCAUCAACCUCAUCUUCGACAGCAUCGCAAACAACAUUCACAUUUAAAGAACACUUACUCAGUCGUGGUCUAUUGUCGACAACACCAUUUUCGUUUAUGAGAACGAAAAAGUCAAAAGCAACUGCAGCAGCCGCAGCCUCAGUAAAAACGACAGAAAUUAGAAAAACGUCUAAACGUUUGUUUGAUUUCGAAGACAAGACACGGUUAAGCAACAACAAUAAAAACAAUCACAAUUGUAAAACCGGUGGUGCUGCAACUCAAGAAACUAAGUCAUCAACAACAACCGCAGCAGCAACUCCAGCAGCCAGCACAACAACACGUACUGGUUAUUUUGCCAAUAUUUUAAAUAGUGGCAGUAGUAGUAGUAGUAGCAACAAUAACAACAAUACCAAAAACGUUAAUCAUAACAAUAACAACAACAAUAACUAUAUAAAAUCAUUUACCACAACCAAAAGUAGAUCUAUUACACCAACGCCACCACCACCUCCUUCGUCCUCAUCCUCAUCAUCCCUAUCAGCUUGUGUUGCCGCAACUACAACAGCCUGUGUCAUUGCUCCACCCUCGUUAGUAGUAGCUGUUGCCGUUGCUUCGCCACCCAUUGCCACAACAACAUCAAUGUCACCAACCUCACAAACACCACCGUCAUCGCGUACCUCGCUUUUCGAUUCCUGUCAUCGUAAAAUACGUUUAAUUGGCGGUGGUCCGGUUGCAUUUCUGGGCGGUUUAGUUGCAAAAGCUCGUCGCAAAGAACGAGAUGGUGAUCAAAACUCAACAGAUACCAAAUUAUAUUUGGAAGAAAGUGUUUUAGAACGUAAAUUACCUGAAGCUGAUCUCAAAGCUCUAGUUGAUCUACCAGCUGGUUUAGAUUAUAAUGAAUGGCUGGCAUCACAUACUUUGGCUCUUUUUGAACAUGUGAAUUUGGUUUAUGGCACCAUUAGUGAAUUUUGUACUACUUCGGGUUGUCCCGAUAUGACAGGACCGGGCAACAGAACGUACUUAUGGUUUGAUGAGAAAGGUAAAAAGACCCGCGUAGCGGCUCCUCAAUAUAUCGAUUAUGUGAUGACAUUUACUCAAAAAACAGUCAGCGAUGAAUCGAUAUUUCCUACCAAAUAUGCCAACGAAUUCCCAAGUUCGUUUGAAUCGAUUGCCCGUAAAAUUUUACGCUUGCAAUUUCAUGUGAUAGCUCAUCUGUAUGCGGCGCAUUUCCGAGAAAUCGCCCUGUUGGGUUUGCAUACGCACCUUAAUUUAACAUUUGCCCAUUUGACCGCUCUGCACAGGCGUUUUAAUUUAAUUGAUGAAAAGGAGACCGAUGUUUUACGUGAUUUAGAAGUGGCUUUAAGAUUAACCGACGAUACAACCGGCGGCGGCAAUGCUGGCAGUGGUAGUUCACAAAACGAUGCAACAGAAACAAAUUCCUCAUCGUCAGGAGGAGGUGGAGGAGGCAGUGGUGGUGGGAGUGGUGUAGAUUCAAUUAAGGGGAGUUUAGCAGAGGAUGUCAAUUCAGGGCAACACAAUAAUUUAAUGGAUUGUAAUACGACGGCACAGCCUCCAAUAUGUACACAGCCCGAGGCCAAUCUAAAGUCACAACAGUUUGGUGGCGGUGGCGGUCUUAUUGGCGGUAUUUUAGGUGAUUUAAGUAGUGGCGAAUUUGGUGAUACUAUGCAUUAUUGUACUUCGGCAGUUCCUGCUUCCUCUACUACUAACAAUACCUCCUCCACUCAUACUUCUACUCCCAACACCUGCUCGACGAACAGCACCUGCACGACAGCCGAACAACAGUCGACAGUAGGGGCCGUUACGGCAAAUGGUAAUAAUGGCGCGGGCGCUUUAAACUUUCAUCUCAAUAAUAACAAUCAUUUAGCACAUCAUCCACACACGCAUCAUCCCCAUCAUCAUCAUCACCAUCACAACAAUGUGCAUCACCAUCACAAUCAUCCAUAUGCGCAAAAUACAGGCCUAAUACAGUGCAAUGCUAGUAACGCUCCUACAGCAACAAAUGCUACCACUUCAACAACCACAGCAUAGCUGAUCUAGAUUAAAUAUAUAAACAAUUAUUAUUACUCUUAUAAUUAUUAUUAUUAUUAUUACCAUUAUUCUUUUGUUGUUAUCUCUUUUCCUAAACUACAACAACAUUAACAACAACAACAUCAACUGCUACAAAAUAAAAACCAACAUCAACAACAACAACCACAACAAACAAAUAAAUUUAUUAAAAAAAAAUAAAUAAAACCCUAAACUAUCUCUCCUUUAUAACAAAUGAAAACAAAAAAGUAAGAAAAAAACAAACAACAAAAUAUUAAAUAUAGUUUUAAAACAAGUUAAGAAAUAAAGAAAGAAAAAUAAAUGUUAAUUAUGAAAAAUUAAAACAAAAUAAAACAAAUACAAAAAAAAAAAACAAAAAAAAUUUAAAUAA